UCCCCGUUGCUUCAGACCUCUAUUUUUCAACCUGCAACUAUAUUCAUACACUGACAUGUUUCAGUUGAUGUCUAAAAGCUCCCAGGAUGUCUGGGUCUACUGAGCACAGGAAGCUGGAAAGGAUCUCCAUGGAGUUGAACCAACUGUCAUUAAGGAGGCAGCAGUUUAACGACCGCAGGAACAUGCUGACCAUCCUGCAGGAGUUCAGGAACCGCUCCAACCACAAUAGCACAGCAGAGGGCUCCAAGGAGCAGAUUGAGAUUCAAUGCAUCGACCAAGAACUACAGGAGCUGUCUGAGAAGAAGAGAGAGCUGCAGGAAAGCCAAGAUAACAUUCUCCAUUCCAAGGACCAAAGAAAAGUGUCCUUUGCAGAGUGCAUCAUCAGUCAGGGGGGCUUGUCUAUUCUCCCUGACCCCUCUGUUGUCUUUGUUGAAGCUCCACCCUGUAUACCAGCUCCGAAGGUGAUCCUGGACAUCCAGAAACUUCCUCCCUGCUCAUCUCAGACCCAGUGCCCAGAGUGUCGACAGUUCAUCACCACAGAGAUUGUCACUUCAGUUGGCAAUGUGGCCUGUCUAGUCUGUGUCACAAUGUCUAUACUUGGCUGUGUGGCUGGUUGCUGCCUUAUCCCUUUCUGCAUUGAUAACUUCAAAGAUGUCACGCAUAGAUGUCCUAAGUGUCGAAGUUCAAUAAUCACCAUCACAAAGCUCUGAGGUAAGGGCCCACAUGCACACAGAGACUGAUAAACAGGUCUCAGACUGGGAUUGGAGAUCUCCCCUUGUGAUGAUGAGGCAUCUACCAUGGAUCUGAGGUGACCCAUUUAGGGUUCAGGAGACACCCUGUCCCAUCAUGCAGGUAUAGGACAGCAGUGGAUGAGGGGGAAAUGGACAAUGGAUGUUGAAUUGAGCCAAGCCAUAGUGAAACAGGUUCUGCUGAGUGAGAAGUGAUCAUAAAUUCCCAACAACUGUACUGUUGGUCAGUGUCACUCCCAUCACUCCUGUGAUGAUUAUGUAUCCAUACUGUGACAACUGUGGCUGGAUACUGUACAUUUUAAGUUAGUAUUUAUUGCAUUGUUCAUAGAAUAAAAUGUCUUCAUCAAUGCAAUUUAUUAGAGAACAACUGCAUUAAAAUGUUUUUUUUUUUUUUUUUUUUUGUACUGCAAAAACCCUGUGUGAAUUGUAAAACAUCAGAGGAAAAUUGUGUUUCAAGGUAUGUGAACUCUAAAGCUGCAUGUGAAUUAUCCAAGCCUAGUGGUGGCUGUGUUAGGGUUUGGAACUCCUUGAUAAAUGAAAUGUCACAUGAUUUUAUUUACUAAACACAACUGAAUGAUUUUCACACAAUGUACAUUACCAUUUUUAUUGACACAAAAGGCUAUAUAUACAUAAUGGGUAUACAGUAGUACGCAUACUGUAUACACCAAACAGUCUUAAUACAAAAGAGCUCAGAUGUGCAUAAAAUGCAUGACAUAAAAUAUAUACACAAUGUGCAAAAUGUAUGGCAUACUAAAUAUGUAUCACCAUUGCAGGGGGGGCUACACUAGUAUAGUACAAAUUAAAUUACUUCUGGUUCCA